UUUCGAGCCCUUCCAACCUAGAGCCACGCGAUUCAUUCAGAUACUACAUUGCCAUCUUCAAUCGCGAACCCUCAACCUUUCACUAAUGACAUGAACCCUGCCAGCCACGGCCACUGCCACGCUUUCUUCCUAUCUCUCUGCAUCUCCGCGUUGCCUGCUCUCAGCACAUUCUGUCUUUGUGGUUGUUGAAACGCGUUUAGCCUUUCAUAUCACCUUGUUCCUGGCUGGACGCCGCGCCGUGCAGCCUGCUGCUCGCAAAGCACAUAUGGCCCCUUCGCUCUCUCAUCUGUCUGGGUCGGAGUCACCCGCCCAGGCAGAUACUCCUAUGGCUGAUGCCAAUGGUUAUCCUUCCAAUACUAUGGAGGGAACCCGUGAUGAGGACCAAAGCAUGGUGGACACUCCAGACUACACGGAUUCCGAUACGAACCCAAAUACGACCGCAAGUAGUAUCGCGGGCGAUAUAGCUCAACAAGAUGGACGAAAACGAAGAUCAGAGGCCUUUCAACUCCGGAAAAGCGUGCUGGGACGAAAACAUGGCCGUCUCGAUGAAUCAAAGGAAGAUGAUUCGAUCCGCAGAUUUCGCUACCUGCUAGGAUUAACUGAUCUUUUCCGCCACUUUAUUGAAACAAAUCCAAAUCCCCGCAUAAAGGAAAUUAUGGCAGAGAUAGAUCGCCAGAAUGAAGCGGAGGCCAACUCCAGGAAAGGCCUCACUCGUAAAGGAGGUGCCAGCGGUGAACGGCGGCGGCGAACAGAGCAAGAAGAAGAUGCUGAACUCCUAAAAGACGAGAAACGAGGUGGCCAGGCGGAGACAGUAUUCCGCGAAUCACCAGCGUUUGUCAAGGGAGGUGAAAUGAGAGAUUACCAGGUCGCUGGUUUGAACUGGCUAGUCUCGCUUCACGAAAAUGGUAUUUCUGGAAUUCUAGCCGACGAGAUGGGGCUCGGGAAGACACUACAGACAAUUGCUUUUCUGGGCUACCUACGGCACUUACGCGGAAUAACUGGUCCGCAUCUCAUUACCGUUCCAAAAUCAACCCUCGAUAAUUGGCAUCGAGAAUUCUCAAAGUGGACCCCUGACGUCAACGUUCUCGUGCUGCAGGGUGCAAAGGAGGACCGCCACAAACUCAUCAAUGAACGACUCGUUGACGAGAAGUUUGACGUAUGUAUCACGAGUUACGAGAUGGUUCUAAGGGAGAAAUCUCAUCUGAAAAAGUUUGCUUGGGAGUAUAUCAUUAUUGACGAGGCCCAUCGGAUCAAAAAUGAAGAAUCUUCUCUAGCUCAAAUCAUCCGUGUGUUCCAUUCAAGAAAUCGACUCCUCAUUACCGGAACACCUCUCCAGAAUAAUCUCCACGAGCUGUGGGCUCUACUCAAUUUCCUUUUACCCGAUGUUUUCGGAGAUUCUGACGCAUUCGACCAGUGGUUCUCCAAUCAGGAAGCGGAUCAGGAUACCGUGGUUCAGCAACUCCAUCGAGUUCUCCGACCAUUUUUGCUCCGGCGUGUUAAGAGUGAUGUCGAAAAGAGCUUAUUGCCGAAAAAGGAAAUGAACUUGUACGUGGGCAUGUCCGAUAUGCAGGUAAAAUGGUACCAGAAAAUCCUAGAGAAGGAUAUCGAUGCUGUCAAUGGAGCCCAAGGGAAGCGCGAAUCAAAAACUCGCCUUCUUAAUAUCGUUAUGCAACUGAGGAAGUGCUGUAACCACCCUUACCUUUUUGAGGGUGCGGAACCGGGGCCUCCUUACACCACAGAUGAGCACCUGAUCGACAACGCCGGAAAAAUGGUGAUUUUAGAUAAGAUCUUAAAGCGAAUGAAGAAUCAAGGAAGCCGCGUCUUGAUCUUCUCACAGAUGAGCCGUGUUCUUGAUAUUUUGGAGGAUUACUGUGUUUUCCGCGAACAUCAAUAUUGUCGAAUUGACGGCUCAACUGCUCAUGAAGACCGUAUUGCUGCCAUUGAUGAAUACAACCGUCCCGGCUCGGAAAAGUUUAUUUUCCUCCUCACGACACGCGCUGGUGGCCUAGGAAUCAAUCUAACCAGCGCUGAUAUUGUCAUCCUAUAUGACAGCGACUGGAAUCCCCAGGCAGAUUUACAAGCCAUGGACCGCGCCCAUCGUAUCGGCCAAACGAAACAAGUUAUUGUUUUCCGUUUUGUGACUGAAAAUGCCAUUGAAGAAAAAGUCCUCGAACGCGCAGCACAAAAAUUGAGGCUAGACCAACUAGUUAUCCAACAGGGGCGUGCUCAACAGCAAGUGAAGAAUGCGGCGUCUAAGGACGAACUAUUGAGCAUGAUCCAACACGGUGCUGCUAGCGUUUUCAGCACCAAAGGCCCAACCGGGGCUCUGGCAAAAGGCAAUGACAUUUCAGAGGAUGAUAUCGAUGAAAUUUUGAGAAAGGGCGAAGAACGCACCGCGGAGCUGAAUAAGAAAUACGAGAAACUCGGAAUCGAUGACCUUCAGAAGUUCACAUCCGAUAACGCGUAUGAGUGGAACGGUGAGGACUUCACUAAUCGAAAGAAGGACAUCGGGAUCAACUGGAUCAACCCUGCAAAACGUGAACGGAAAGAACAAUCGUACUCGAUGGACCAGUACUAUCGACAGGCAUUGGCUACUGGAGGCAGGACGGCUGAUCCAAAGCCUAAAGUCCCCCGGGCACCGAAACAAAUUGCCGUCCACGACUGGCAGUUCUUCCCGCCUAAACUCCAGGAGUUACAGGAAAAAGAAACCGCCUACUUCCAUAAAGAGAUUGGAUACAAGGCGGUCCUACCUGACGGGCCUGACGAGGAACUGAGUGAUAGAGAAGCAGAGCGAGAAUUAGAACAACAGGAAAUUGACAAUGCUGUUCCGUUAACGGAAGAGGAACAGGAACAAAAGGCCGCCCUGUCCGAAGAAGGCUUUGGUAAUUGGAAUCGAAGAGACUUUCAACAGUUUAUCAACGGGUCCGCAAAAUUCGGUCGCACUAAUUAUACCGAGAUUGCUACUGAAGUGGACAGCAAGGACCCAGAUGAAAUCAAAGAGUAUGCAAAGGUCUUUUGGAAGCGAUAUACCGAAAUUCAAGAUUACCCCAAAUAUAUCCGUGUCAUCGAGCAAGGCGAAGAAAAGAUGCGCAAAAUGAACCACCAACGCAAGAUGCUUCGCAAGAAAAUGGAAAUGUACCGCGUCCCCCUCCAACAAUUGAAAGUGAAUUAUACCGUCUCCACGACAAAUAAGAAGGUAUACACGGAAGAGGAAGACAGAUUCCUCCUUGUGAUGCUGGAUAGGCACGGCGUCGAUGGCGAAGGCCUCUACGAGAAAAUCAGAGAGGAAAUCAGGGAAAGCCCGCUCUUUCGUUUCGACUGGUUCUUCCUAAGCCGGACACCCGUUGAGAUUGGUCGACGAUGCACGACUCUACUAAACACCGUCGCAAAGGAAUUUGAAGUUGAUGGAGGCAAAAUUCCCAAUGGCGAUACGGGCAGCGGUAAGGGCCGUGGCCGUGAUCGCGACGAUGACGUCGAGAAUGAAGAGGUUGAGGCCCCCGCGAAGAAGAAAACUAAAAACGGCGCUGUGAACAAGCAACUCAAAGCUGUCCAAUCUGCCAGUGGCAGCAGAGCUACAUCCACUGCUACAUCGAGAGCUGGCAGUGUCUCGUCAAGCGCACCGGCCACCAGCAAAUUGAAAGGGAAGAGGAAAUAGAAAGAAUAAAAUGGAAAAGGAGUUAUUUAAUGUCUUUUUAUUUUACUUUAUAUUUUUCUUAAGAGGCGCUUGCUUGUGGCAGUUACCUUAUUAUUUAUUUUCGUUUAAAAGGGGCGCGUGUUUGGAUUGGAUUUCAUUAUUCAUCUUAAUUUUGUUAAUUUUUUUUCUUUCUUUUUCUUCAAACAGCAAGGUUCCCGGCGUUUUUAACAAGACGUGUGUGUUUGAAUGAAUAGGACGGAUUGAUGGAUACGUCGAUGUAUGGAAUGGGGUGUAUGAGUUAUUCUACUUCCCUGUAAAGAAUGAGCCCCUUUGAGGUUAUGCAACAAUGUGAGAUAAUGAGAAUGUACGGGAGAAUGUACGCUGGUAU